AUGCCGCACCACACGAUUUACUACUGUCACGCAUGCGGCAGCCGCACCGUGCCACACAAUGACCUGUGCGCGUUUUGUGACAGUGAAUUUAUCGAAAUAUACGAUUCUGUCGAGUAUUACAGGAGUGUUCAUUUCGGGAUAAGCGAGAUACUCAGGAGCAUAGCAAUAGGCCAGGUUGACGUGAACGAGUUGGAUUGGCUUAUAAGCGAUAUUAGCGAUAGGAUACGACGGCUAACCCGCGAUUUGCUCAAUAUCAGGUCGAGCAGGGGCGGGCGUGCCAGGAAUGGCGAGCGGCACGCGUGGAGGAGAUACGGAGCAGAGAGAGACAGCACGGAAGAUGUUGUAUACCGCUAUGGUACCGACCAUUACUGGUCUGACCAGAACACGAGCGGUGGUGGACCUGUCGAGCGUUUCUACGACAGGAACGGGUUCCGCACCGCAGAUGACAUCAAUAACUACGCGCUUGAUCACGAGCUGGAUGACAUAAUCGAUGAGAUAUUUGUUUCGGCAAAGGUGGCAACCAGCCCUGUGAGCAGCAAGUACAUAAAGGCACUGCAGAUAUCCGGGGCAAAAGACCGAGGAAAGUGUAUGAUCUGUCUGAGCACGUACAGAAAGGAGGAAUGUGGUGUUGAACUGAGCUGCAGCCACUUCUUUCACAAGAGGUGCUGUAUAAAGUGGAUGAGGAUGCAGAAUACCUGUCCGAUUUGCAGAGAUGAGAUUGAGAAGUAAUACAUGGUUAGCAAGCACUGAUGUAUUUGAACGUACUACGGCAUGCCGAUCGUUACCCUGUAAAAAGUGCACCCGUAUGGCGUGUGUAGGUAAAAUUUAC